AUGGUUGCCAAGGCGUUGUCGUCCGAAGGCUCAGUCUCCGCUAAUUCAGACUCCCGAACCGAGGCUGACGCGGAUGACGGAAUCAUAUCGUCUCCCCUUUCCGCGACUCCGGCGCCAAGAGUAGUCCCACCUUAUCGUCACCUCGUGACGCUGGAGCCCUCUCUUUUGCAGCACCAGUUUGCCACGAAGCGUGAGCAGAUUGAAAGCCCCGCUCGUCCCGAAAAGCCGCAAACCGAGUCCGACGCCGCGGCCAAAACCGAGGCGCUCCGAGGCUGGCUCGAGGCGUCGAGGCAAAUCAGAAGCGAG